GCGUGCAGCUCUUCUCCCAGUCUCAGCCUCUCGCUCUCUCGAGUCUUCUCCACUCUGAAAACAAACAAAAAGAACCCCGAAAAUCGUACGGAUCCAAUCACCCUCCAAAAUUCCCUAUUUUCAACGUUGUUAGGAAAAAAACCCCAAACCCUAAUUAUCAAUUUACCUUUUAUCACUCUCAUAAACCCUAAUAUUUCCGUACAAUCCCAACAUAAACCCCCCUUUUUUUAAGCCUUUAACCUAUCUCAAUUAGGGUUUUACCAAUUUUUUAAUCUUAUAUGAAUGGCUACAGGGCAAUUUGAAGGUGAAGAAGCAAAGAACAAUAAGGUUUAUACCAGGAAAAACCACAAUAAACCCAAAAAUUCCACUUUCAUCCCUCAGCAAACUCUUGCUACCACUACUACGACUGAUGAUAACAACUCUCAGCAGUUGCCCCUCCAACCCUUCGAUGCCGUGGCGUCAGAUGAUUCUUCUAGUCAUAGUAGGUUGCAGCAGGGUGUACGGAAUGUUACCAAUGGGGUUUCAACAUCUGGGUAUGUAAAAUAUGAUAAUCUUGUUAAGAUUAGCUUGAAUGUUUUGUCAAAGAAUGAGGUGAGAGGUUUGAAGGGGAAGCUAGCUAGUGAACUUGAACAAGUUCGGGAUUUAGUUAAGAAAUUUGAAGGUAAAGAAAGUAGGCUUAGUGCGGGAUAUGCGAAUUCUCGGGUUUCGGGGAAUGAGAAUGUUGAUAGAGGUGGUGGGUGUUUAGUUAGAGUGAACUCGGAUGUCGGUUCUGUAGGAUUGCCUAGUUCCAGGUCUUUUCAUGGGUUACCUAUGUCAAUGGCAGAGCAUGAUCUUUGUAACGAUGAUGAUGGUGGUGGAAGCGAGUUUGCGGGGAUAAAGAAGAGAAACCCGAAGGCAAAUCCGUAUUAUAAGAAUCCAGAGUUUGCUUUAGGGAUAAAGAAGUUGAAGCCUAGGGAGAGUAAUAAGAAGAUGAAGCCGACCGUUGCGAAGAGUAACGGUGAUCAAAUGGGAGGUGGGAUUGCAUCGGAGAAGUUUUCAAAUCGGUUGUUGAAGAGAUGUAGUAAUUUGUUGGGGAUUAAUAAACCGGUGGAUGUGAAGGGACUUGGGUUGCAUGAUUAUUAUACAAUUGUUAAGCAUCCUAUGGAUUUGGGUACGGUGAAGACUAGGUUGAACAAGAAUUGAUACAAGUCACAUGAGUUUGCAGAGGAUGUGAGACUAACUUUCAAUAAUGCAAUGCUUUAUAACCCAAAAGGACAGGAUGUACAUUUUAUGGCAGAAAAAUUGUUGGAGAUAUUUGAAGAAAACUGGGCAGCUAUAGAGUCCGAGUAUAAUCUUAAUAGGAGUUUUGAAAGGACUCACGAAUAUAGUUUGCCAACUCCCCCUUCAAGGAAAAUUCCUGCUCUGGCUCCAGCUUCAGCUCCGAUUCAAGCUCCUCCUACUUCAUCGCUAUCAUUAGAAGCUAGGACUUUGGAGAGACCAGGAUCCAAGGCAAUGCUGGAUGAUCCCAAGUCAAGAGAUGUUGACUUGACUCCUACUGGUAGGAUUGCAGUACCAAAGGAACCCAAGGCAAAAGAUCCUGAUAAGAGGGAUAUGACUUAUGAUAAAAAACAGAGACUCAGUGGAAACCUCCAGAACUUGCCUUCGGAGAAACUUGAUAGCAUUGUCCAGAUUAUUAAGAAGAGGAACCCAGCACUUUUCCAGCAAGAAGAUGAGAUCGAGGUGGAUAUUGACAGUUUUGAUCCAGAAACACUUUGGGAACUUGAUAGAUUUAUGACCAACUAUAAGAAGAGUUUGAGCAAACACAAGAGAAAAGCUGAAGUUGCACAUCAAGCAAAUGCUGAAAAUGAUCAUGAUAUUCAGGAGAUUAAUCCAGAACCACCUACUAAAGAGGUACCAAAAGUAGCUGAAACAGUGGAGAGGAUUGUUCCCACAUCACCUUCAGUUCAUGGAGAAAGGCUACAAAAUAAUCAGAGUGGAUCGAGUAGUUCAAGCAGUUCUAGUAGUGGCUCUGGUUCCUCAUCAAAUGACUCUGACAGUGAUAGUUCAUCCGGAUAAGGUGACCCUGUCUUUGAUGGACUUGACUAAGGUAGGGGAUAAUUUCUUGGCUAAUGAACUAACUUUUCAGUUCUUAUUUCCCACAAAAAGUUGUGCAAUUUCUUGAUGGUGCUAAUUUGAGUUGCAUUUGAAAUAUAUACCAAGACACCAGAGCACUUGGUUUCUGAAAAUUAGUUAUUUGCUUCUAUGUAGAGCCUUUAAUUGCUUUCCUUUGUUAUAAGAGAUGAAAAGGAACUCUUAAGAUACGAUGAAUCAUUUGUUUUUAACCAUCGUGUGCAUGCUUCUCAGAGUUUGACAUGCGUCGGAGUUAACCUAUUUGCUCCUAGUUUUUAACCUA